AUGUCCUCAAAAAAUGGCAAUACUUUUACAAUUGGUAGUCGUAAAUCCGAAUUGGCCUUAAUUCAGACUAAACGAGUACAACAACUCUUGGAAGAUUCAUUUCCUGAUUAUACAUUCCCUAUUAAAAGUAUGACAACAAUCGGUGACAAAAUACUCUCGAAACCUUUAUCUCAAAUUGGAGAAAAAUCAUUAUUCACCAAAGAACUUGAGGUCGCCUUACAAAAUAACAUUGUAGAUUUAGUUGUUCAUAGUCUUAAAGAUUUACCUACAAAUUUACCAGAAGGAAUGACUAUUGGUGCCAUUUUAAAACGAGAAAAUCCUGAAGAUGCGCUUGUCAUAAAAGAAGGCUUGCCGUAUAAGUCGGUGGAUGAAUUACCAAAAGACAGUGUGAUUGGUACUAGCAGUGUUAGAAGAUCAGCUCAACUGAAAGCUUCUUAUCCGAAUUUAACAAACACAAGGCUAGCAAAAUUAGAUGCUUCAAGUGGACCGUACUCAGCCCUUAUUUUGGCUGUGGCAGGUCUUGAACGUUUAGGAAUGAGUCAUCGAAUAUCUCAAACUUUUUCACCAAAAGUUAUGUUACAUGCAGUCGGACAGGGUGCAUUGGCUGUUGAAUGUCGUAUUGAUGACAAACAGAUUAUUGAACUUCUAUCUGUGCUUGAAGAUAAAGACACCAGAUUAAGAUGUACAGCAGAACGUUCGUUAUUGCGUUUUUUGGAAGGUGGAUGUAGUAUUCCUAUUGGUGUUAAUACAGAAUUCAUAGAGGCACAAAAUGGAACACGAGAAUUGAAAUUAUUAGGAUUAGUAGCAAGACUGGAUGGGUCAGAAAUCAUUAAAGCUGAAGGUCAGAAAAACGUUGAUGAAGGUGGAAUCGAAGCAGCAAAUGAACUUGGUAUAGAGGUCGCCAGGAUUUUGGUAGAAAAAGGAGCGAGUAAUAUAUUGGAAGAAUUGAAAGUUUCAAGACAAUAA